AUGUGGUUGGUGCAAAAUCCACUAAGGCAACAGUACACACAACAGUACACACAACAGUAUACACAACAGCAGUACACACCAAAAUGGGCGGUGCUCAUGUCCGAAUACAAUUGCAACUUGUGGAAGCAAUGCACCAUUGGUGGACCGAGAGCCUGUGCGUGGGACGAAAUUAAUCGAUUCCUGGCUUGGUUCCGGGACAUUUGCGCUAUGUAUCAAGUCAACUGCCUAUCUCGUGGAAGAUACUCAUAUAUCGUUCAACACAACCAAGUCUGCUGUAUGAAGAGAGACUUCCUGAAAUGGAAAUGGCAAAUAAACGAAUACGACCUACCCGUGUUCACGACUACGGCGCCGCCUAGACUGCAUGGCGAGAACAAGACGAAGGACUGGUGGUGGGCGGGAUCCACCACCAACCAAUACCAAUACCUUUACACGCUCGAGGUCGAAAAGAAAAAAAAAUAGCCGCUUGCAAUCUUGGACUUCUAUGGUGGAUUCUCCGUACUUAUUGUUUUCUGUCUAUCGCUCUUCAGUGUGCGUAGCCGAAUGCACAAACGCUCACGAAACGCUCACAAUAA